AUGUCUGCAAUUAUAGAGGCUUUGUUAUUCAUAUUGGAAGCUAAUAUCACCGACGCAGUAAUAGUAUCAGAUUCUAAGUCCUCCAUUAUUGCUCUUCAUGGAGGGGUUAGUAAAAAAUACGAUAAACUAAUAUAUGAUGUAAAACAACUACUGAAAGAAUUGGAGAACGAACAUAUUGACGUUGAAUUCCUCUGGGUUCCUUCGCACAAUGGUAUUGAGGGGAAUGAGAAGGUAGAUCAUUUAGCUAGAGAGGCUCUCCUCGAACCGAUGGAAGAGGAGUUAACGUAUCAGU